AUGCAAGUGCCUCUUAUCCGAAGGGUGGUGCGAAACAAGGGUGCCAGGGAUCGUAUUGAGGCCCAAUACCAUUUGAAAGUUGAUCACAAACAACAGAACCUAAACCCAUUAGUCGUCAAACAACCCAUAAACUUUGCUUCAAAUCUACCUUACCGUUCGAAUCAGGCAGACACAGAGUGGAAGUUUGCACGUAGCAAGCUCUGGUUAGGCUACUUCGAUGAGGGCUCCACUCUGCCACCUCCCUUGAACACAAUUAUCAGCCCAAAAGCUGUUUGGCGUUGCCUGCGGGGCGUAUACCGGUUGAUUACCUGCGCCUCCCGACGACACAAGUCCGCCUCCGUGAAGCCGUCUGAGUGCAUUCCGAAACACUUCUCCAACCACGUUGAAACCGGUGUUCCCAUCUCUCCGCGUUGGGCUUCCGAGGGCGUGCCCAAAAUUAAGCUGCCCAGCAUUCCCUUGGAAAAAAUUGAGGCCGUAAUGCGGAUACUCGUGCGUCGUUUCAUACAUUUGUCCAAGAAGAACAUGAGACAAGGCACGGUUAACGAAGAUGACCUACUUGAGAUAAAACAGGACAUUUCCAGCCUCCGGUAA